AUGCUCAGAAGACUCGAAAAGGGUCUUAAUACUGCCAAAUUAAAGUCUCAGUCAGCAGAAGCAGCUCCCGCUCCUGCAUAUCCGCCACCCGAUAUCCGUGGCGGCCCAGAACCUUAUUCUGUCAUGCAUCCCUGCGACUCACCCUACGGUCCCCCGCCACCCACGAGUCCUCAUUACGUCUCUCAGCAACAUCAGUCCGCUCCCCAGCAACCACCUCCCCCAGCACCAACCAUCCCAAUCUCCACCUAUCAGCCGGCACCUGAACAGUAUUCCCCCGCUCCAGUCGCAACUCCUAAUGAUGGCGUCGAUGAGGAUGAUGAGACCGACAAAACGGAAACAAUGUAUCCCGCCAACUUCGUUCAGCAGUCCAAGAACACUUUCCUAAGAAUCAUACUCAAUCCUCAGGACCAGCAUCCCAAGGAGGGCCAGCAGUCCCGUUCCCAGGCAUCGAUCGCAGCUCCCCCGGCACCGACGGGCCCCCUUGAUCCAAUCUCGGCUGGCAUUCUCCAAGAGAGUGAUACCAAAGUCCUAUUUGAUCUCUUCUUCCUCCGUUUGAAUCCUUUCAUCAACCUUUUCGAUCCUACGUUACACACCGUUCCCUACGUCCGCGCAAAAUGCCCUUUCCUUUUCACGACUCUUCUCAUGGUCUGCUGCAGAUUCUGGCGGCCCAUGUCAUUCAAACAGUGUCAGAAGCUUGCCAACGAAUUUGCGGUGCUUGCCUUUGCCGAAGCUUGGAAGCGGGUUGAGGUCGUGCAGGCAUUUGCCUGCCUCACCUAUUGGAAGGAUCCAGAUGACAAUCGCACAUGGACCUAUAUUGGUUACGCCUGCCGCAUGGCAGUAGAACUGGGUUUGAACCGUUAUGUAGCCCACCCCCCUCCCCAUGAGUCCGAGUUGCAGCGAUUAGAGCGACGCAACCGGGAACGAACUUAUCUUGUCCUCUUCGUCCAUGAUCGCAGUCUAAGCACUCAGACGGGAAGGCACUGGAUGUUACCGGAGGGCGACCUUGUCAAGCACUCUACAUCCUGGCAUACCGGAAGUCCCAAUGGUGUAGUGCGUCCAGAGGACGUCAUUAUUGCCGCCUUUGUCCAAUUACGGUUGAUAGCCGCCGAAACCACGGAUAUCUUCUCCACGGGUAAAGGGAACACUGAUAUUAGUUAUGAGGUCGUGUUGCGGAACUGCAACGCGAAGUUGACGCAUUGGGAUGAAACUUGGAGGGCGGAAAUGAACAAAGCCAAGGGAGAAGGAUUCCAUUUGUCCUUCUUGACCUUCUUCCGACUCUAUGUGCGGCUGUUCUUGAAUAGCUUCGGUAUCCAGGCGUCACUUAUACCUGGAAGCCGCACACCCCCCAGUCUCCAGGCCCUCACCACAUGUUAUACCAGCGCUUUGGACUCGCUUCGUAUCUUAUCUGAAGAUCUCGUAAAGAUGAGCAUGCUUUGUUAUGGCCAAGAUUCUAUUCUCGUUAUGGGUGCAUACUCUGCCGUUUUCCUGCUCAAGAGUGCCUAUCACCCCGACUAUGCGCCGCCAGUCACACCGUCGUCCUCCGCCACCACGAAUACGCAACACUACUACAAUGCUUCGCUCCCUUCUGCUCCACACAACGCCACCGAGCUCGAUCAACACUACUGGAAGAACAUGUUCAUCGAGCUCGGAUUCGGUGGAACACACGAAACGCAAACGAACGUGCUGGCGGUUGGUGCCAACGAUCCGCGUGCUGCCCAGUACACCGAUACGCAGCAUCAGCAGCACCAACACCAACAACACCAGCAUUCCGCGUCACCUCAACACGCGCACCAUCCAGGUGCAAUGCAUCAUCAAGGCCAAAUGUAUCACCCGAUGAAUACUUCGCCUCACGCAACUGUCCACCCGACUUAUGGCCAUUGA